ACAAAUAAUUUGAGUCAUGUCUAGGUUAAAGAAGACUACUCCUUGACUCAGGCUCCCGACAUCGCCUACCCUGGCAUGCCCGGAAAUGAGAGUUAUGAGGAUCCUUACAUGUACAUAGCGAAUCCUCGCCCUAAAACAGUGAGCAGGGGUCGUGGCCGCUCAUCCAAGUCACGAAAUUAUAACAUCUAUCACGAGGGAUCCUCAAGACCUGACGGAAGUAGUAUAUACCGAGAGUACUCCAUAAAGGAUGACGAUUGUGGACCAACCAGUCGUAAACGAAUCAAAGCUUCUCACUAUGAGAAUUUUGUUCGGAAGCACCCGGGAGGCACAAAGCUGUGCUUACUGUGUAAGUUGGAGGACAACCAUCUCAACUGUCAGGGCGUCUUGAAAUGGUUCCCUGUUAAAAGCAAACGUGGACCGGGGAGGCCCAAGGACAAAGGACUCCCCAAGACACCCCGUCUUAUGGCCACAUUCCUGUCAAACAUUCUUGAGGUUGCCCCGGCCCCCAAAGUUAUCACCCUGAAAACGGAAGCAGGGGCCCACUCUGAGCCGAUAAAAAUAAAGAUAGAUAUGACUAAGGAAGGAGUGUGUAUGCCGAAUGGUAAUGGAUUCCUCGAUCCAGAUGUGAUUGACAGCUGUGGUUUCUACGUUCACAUCGAGUGUUGCCGUUGGACUAGCAGUGUCACUCCUGAGGUCGAGAUGUUCAAAGCUGAGAGAUAUCUCCUGAAAGGGCUCGGUCAGAUUUGCUCGCACUGCAAUAUGAACGGUGCUACGGUGUGUUGUCGGUUUGAAACUUGCAAAAAGAAAUUCCAUGUCGUUUGUGGCUUACUAGUCAAGUGUGUCCCUGACAUGGCAUCCGCCUCCAUGAUCUGCUCUGAACACUUGGUUGGACAAAACACAGUGGGCACGGAGGCAGCGUGUAGCAAGUGUAACGAGGAUAAAUGUCACAACUCUAUGUUGCAUUGUAUGACCUGUGGCUCCCAUACCCACCAGCAGUGCUUAUCACCCGAUGUUCAGAUGAGACCGCUAGUAGUGGCGGGGUGGCAGUGCACAACAUGCAAGUCCUGUCAAGCCUGCAAGAAGCUGAUUGUACUUAACAGCACUACUGCUCUCAUCGACUGUGUGGUCUGCUCCAAGUCUUAUCAUUUAGAUUGCAUUGAACCUCAGCAACAGCUCAAUUUGCAGACUUCUCAAUGGCGGUGCAAGAUCUGUAGAAACUGUAAUGAUUGCGGAGUGGAGGUCCCACUACCCCAGAUUGCUAUUGGUUUUACCCUCCCCUUCGUGCUAUGUACUAACUGUCACAACCUUCGUAUGAAAGGCGUGAGUUGCUGUAUCUGUUACAAAGCAAUGUGUCACGAAUACGAAUUCAUGAGAUGUGAAUCCUGCAAGUCCUGGCUUCAUCCUGCCUGCGAGUCUAUUGACCCGGAACUGCUGGAGAUGAACAACAUCUACCUUUGUCCAGUGUGCAGACCUGGCGGGAAGGCCCCGGUUGUGAGCCGUGCUGUUUACAACGCUAUAACAGAUAACGGACAAAUGGUAGACGAUCCUUUUGACGAGAACUCCCAAGAUUCGAUGAGCAUCACCAGCGAAAAUGAUGAAAUGUCUGUCACGCCCAUCUCCUCCUCUCACAACAGUCCGGGCUCUUCCUCCCUGGACAGCUUCUACACUGUCAUGCCAGCUAAAAAGGGACGAGUGGGGGUCGGACUUAAACUAUCCCGUCCUACUAACAGAAAGAUGCCGAAGAUUGUCAGCGGAGAGGGUUCCUUCCAGGAGAAGAGGGACGGAGUAAUGCCUAACGAGGUGGUUGUGUACAACAGUGAGUCCGACCAGUACACCCACACCAAAGACAUGUGUGUCAUGUGCGGGAGUAUUGGAGCCAAGGAGGACGGGCUCCUCCUCAUCUGCCAGCAGUGCGCCAAGUGUUAUCACUCCUACUGUAUCAACAAGAAUGUAACGGACGCUAUGUUGAGGAUUGGAUGGAGAUGUAAAGACUGCCAAGUAUGCGAACAUUGCAGUAAGCCGAGCGACGAGGCCCGUCUGCUGCUAUGUGAGGAUUGUGAUGUAUCCUUCCACACUUACUGUCUUACUCCUCCUCUAGAACAAGUUCCACCUGGGCCUUGGAGGUGUUCCUGGUGUGUAAAAUGUGUGAAAUGUAGCAAGACUAGCCCGGGUGUACACGCUACCUGGUACCAGGAUUACUCCCUGUGUGGACCCUGUCAGUCACAGAUGACGUGUCUGCUCUGUAACCAGGACUUCAUGGACGGAGAGUUCUGCGUCAAGUGCUCCUCCUGCGAACACCAAAUGCAUGGAAAGUGUGAAAACAUUCCCUCGGAGGAGAGUUCUCCUAAGAAGUUUGUGUGUAGCCAGUGUGAGGAGAUGGUCAAGAAAGAGGGUAAGACGCCACCUAGGAAACUUCAGAGUACAACUUUCAGCGCAACUAAACAGGCCGUGAUCUCAGUCAAAAAGCACGAUGCAAGAAUUGUGGCCUACAUGGAUAAGGACGAAAAGGAAUUUGAAGCAGAACGAGAAGAGAAAGAAAAGAGCAGAAUGUUGGGAUAUGAUUACAUUAAAGCUCUGAACAAACAGCGCCAUGAACAUCAGCUCAUGCAGAAAAGCAAGAAAUUCUCCGCUCAGGACAAGGAUCAGAAGAUGAACGAGAUGAUACAAGAAGGCCUGACGCCCCCAAAAGACUUCUCAAGUUCCACCGCCUACCAGCAGAUCAUCAGAGAGAUAACAGGCGGGAUGCCCGGGAACAAAGCAGCCAAUAAGAGAGGUCGAGGACGCUCUGUCAACAAAGCAAACGAUCUGAUGAGCCCAACAAAAGAUCUUAAUGCUCCAAGAGUACGUGGUAGACCGAGAGGAAGUAGAAACAAAACUCCAAAUCAGAGAAACAGGGGCAAGGGCAUACCUCAUCCGGACAUGCUACAACAGCAGUUGUCAUCAGACGACAACAUUAAUUUCUCAGACUUCACCGGAAUGGGACUCCCCAGGCCCCCUCCUAAUAUUAAGUCUCCGAUGAAGAGUUGCAUGAGCGAAGACAAGGAUACCCUUCUGUCCACGGUGCAGUGCCUCCCGCAGCGCUACCGGGAGAUCAUGAUGCGCUCCUCUUGUCCAGACUCCCAGGAGCUCAAAAUAUCACGGCACCCAAACGAGACGGCGCUAGAGUCGCAGCAGCAGUACUCACCCGGGCCCAUGAUGGGCUACGGGAUGAGCGCGCUGGACUCGCCACACCUCAGAAUUGAGCCUUUGUCGGACAUGUUAUCUAAGGCACCGUUGAAACGCAGCAACUCGAACAAAGGCCGUGGAAAGCUCAUACCUCAGAUAAUGGAUCCCUCUCAGAUGAUAAAGCAAGAAAUCAGCCCCGCUAAGAUGAACUCGGAACUUGCUAUGAACUUCUUCGGUGACGAGCUGAUGCCGGCUUCGGGACCUGACAUGAUGUCUCCCACUCCUCCUCAUCAGAUGAUGGCAGGACAACAGACGAUGGGUCCCCCGUUACCACUAGCUCCACCAGUGUUGUCCUCUCCUGUUAACCACCCCGUCAUGCUCCCCCCACCCCACACUGGCAAACCUCCUUAUAAUGUCCAGAUCAAACCUAGAAACAAACUUCCUCCCAGUCCCUUACUGGAUCCUCUCCAGACCAAAAAUUCCAGUGUGCCGCCCUCUCCCAACAACAUGUCCCUGCAACCUUCUCCAAAGCCCCUGACACCCGUGAAAAAAGAGCCAGAACCGUUUGAUCUGAGCAAGGUUAACAUUGACGAUAUUAAUGUUUGUCCAGAGUCUCCUUACCCCGCAGAUCACCCGGACACUUUACCUGAGUACAACAACCGGGAGUUAGUUGUGAACAAGCCAGUCGGCCAGGAGGUGGAAGAAGAGGAGAAGAUGGACGAGGCUGUUUCUUCUUACUUUGCUGGUCUGUUCGGUGAUGAUAUCGAUCUGGAUAUGGAGGAAUCUGCUAAAGGAUCACCCGUUUACAAUCCACCUGAUCCCAACGCCGAGCCGCUCACACUGAAGAAUAUGGAGGAUCUAGAUGAAGGAAACGGAGAGCUACCUCUUGAACUGAACGCAAUUCUAGAAAGUAUCGAGGCUAAACCUAUCGGUACAGAGCUGGACGAUGGAGAGCCUUGGAGUGAGAAAAGCAAAACCCAAAACAACGAUGAUCUUCCGAGCAAUCAGCUUGUGUCUGACCUGGAACUAGGUGACGACUUCUUGGGACUACAACUCGAGGGAUUCGACCUCCCGGGAUUCUUUGACGACAUAACCAUGAAAAAACUGGAAAAUGAACACCGCAAAACUGGUCCAAAUGAUCGAUCAGACUUCGAUAAAAUCCUUGAUCCGCCUACGACUGGUACAGUAAACAAGCGACCAGCCAGCAUGAACACCUUCAAGAAGUGGGAGGAGGAGGAGAAGAGAGGCACCUCGGGAACAGUACCUCAGCUGCUAUUUGCUAACAACAACCCUGAGAUGAACAUGCUCAAAGCUCAUUGCACCGACACGUUGGAACGGUACAAAAUGAUAAAUAAAGCGUUCAUGGAGCUGUCUAAAGACGAGAAGAAGGUUUACUUCAACAAUUCCAAGAAAAAUCAGAAGUUGAGAAAGACAGAUUCAGAGUACAUGGCUCACCCAGACCAACCCCCUGCAACUCCAGCUGGAGGAUGGCCUCAACAGUUCGAGGGAAACAGAAUGCCACCUCAAGAUCCAGAAAAGCUAUCUAUGGAUGAUCAGGAGAUGUUGAGACAAAGUCAACGAGAGCGCAGACAACGGCUCUACGAGCGACACCCAACUGCCAACAGACACGUCAAAGAAGGAAUGAUGACUGGUAACGAUCCCAUGAUGGGUGGGUGGCAGAGAUUCAGAACACCAGAGGAGACGUCUAACAGUACGGUCACCGUGGGUCCCAUUCCCUCCAAAGCGGGCAUGCCUAAUCAGAUGCCACCCAGUCGAGAUAGACCUAUGACCCCAGCAGGUCCUAUGACUCCAGCAGGUCCUAUGACUCCAGCAGGACCAAUGACUCCUGCAGGACCUAUGACUCCUGCUGGACCUAUGACUCCGGGAGGUCCUAUGACACCAGGGCCCAUAAGAUCGCCGAUGACACCACGAGCCAUGGCCACUAUGAACGUGCAAAUGAUGCAAGCUCAAAGUCAAAUGAUGGGUGGACCAGGGUACAUGGGACGACACUUCGAUCCCUCGACCGGUCAAUGGGUUCAUCAUACAGGUCCUGGAGCUCACACACCUCUCCGACACCUUCCUCCACAAGCAAUCAUCGCUCAACAGAACAUGCAAGCUCAGUUCAAUCACAUGAACCAGUUUGGCAUGCAACCUACUCCUGAACCUGUUCAACCACCGCCAAAAACGAAGAAACGGACAAAGAAGAAGAAGGCACCAGCUGCACCAGUAGAGCCCCCAACCCCAGUAGAUCCUCAAGUCAAUUUGGAAAAUUUCCCGCCUCAUUUGCGAUUCGGUGGUCCUCAAACCCCUGCACCUCCGUCUUCUGAAUUCCAAGGAGUUGGUCCUGGACAUCCUGGAUUUGAUUACAAUGAGCACUUCCGUCAGAAUUUACAGAUGCCUGGCAUGCCAAAUCCUCUUACCAAGAACUUCAAACAAGGAAAAAGCGCACUUCUCAAAUCACCCCAAACUUCCGUUGACAUGGAACGACCCAAGAGUCUAAACAUCAACAACAACUCUCCCUCAGCAACUCCCAAAUCACAUCCAAAUACACCAAACAAAGGAGCUGCCAGUAAGAAUUCAUCGCCUUUGAUCAAAAGCGAAGAUUUCUCGAACGAUCCCCAUGAUUCACAGCAACAGAUGCAUCAGAAACAGGCAAUACGGAUAGCGUUGGAGCAGAGAAAACAGCAACAGUCGCACUACAUGAGUCAGCAGAUGAUGAUACCAAGCAAUCUACACUUCCCCAUGAACGUCGCCCAAUUUGUCCAGUUUCGAAUGCAGCAGGAUUGGCUGAAGAAAUUCAACCAUUGGAAAACAACAGGCGGAGGAAUUCCACAGGCUCCACAACAUCCCAACAACUUAUCCACCCAACAAAUACAAGCUUUGUAUAGCCGUCUCAUGGAAAACAUCUUCAGUAUGACGGCAAGCAGGAUGAUGGGUCCUGGACACCCUGGUAUGAUGGAACCAAUGGGUCACGUCAUUGAGGAGGAGAAAAAGCCCAAAACGAAAAAGAGGAAGAAAAAGAAGGCCGAAACUCCUGUAAAAAAGGAUGAUAAAUCAAAGAUGUUGAAGAUAGGACCCAACUUGGUGAUGCAGACUGCCAUGGGACCAGGACCACUCGGUGCCAACUCUCCACAGACCCCAGCAGAUGCUUUCAUCGGGCCGCACGGCAUGAAUCAGAACUCAUUGGGGUUUCAGCAAGGAAUGGGCAAUCAAAUGCCCCAAAAUAUCCCUGGUCAGGGAGGAGGCCCACCUCUAGGAAUCAUUAACCCAAAACAUUUAAACAUGCGGAGUCCAGGGCCUGCCUUAAUGGCAGGACCGCAUGUCAGCCAUAUCCCUGGGCAAAUUCAUCCACAACAACGCCUUAUGGCACCUCACUAUGCAAUAGCCCUCUCCCGAAACAGUGACCCUAGGCACAUUCGCCCUACCUUGACUACUCAGAGUCCCCAUUUUCAUGAUAACUAUGAUAUAGAGCCUCCAAGGACUCCAAAGCCCACCUCUAAAUCUAAAAGUAAAUCAAAAACAAAAGAAUCUUUGCAAUCAGUGGUUUCAAAGUCAGGUGAAAUGCCAAUGCAAGCCGAUUCGCCCCGUUAUCAGUUCGAAACCCCUCGUUAUCAACAUCAGAUAAAAAUCGAGGACAACCAGGAUUUCAGUGAUGCUAAGUCUCCACAGAGUCAGCGAUCACAGACACCCUCUUCUGCCGGAACACCUACAAUGAAGGAUCCUUUUGAUAAUCCUCCCCUAACACCAAGCCAGUACAACAGCCUAGAGAGCGCCAAGAGACGGAAGCGCAGGACCAAGGCUGAAAUGGAUGAAAUUAGAGCAGAGCGCGAGAGAGUUGGAUACAAUGGUCCUCCGAUCCGCGCCGCUAACAAGCAUAUUCCACCUGUCCAGCAGCCCGACAUAGGCAAGAUGGUGGAUAUAGUUGUUAGGGGGACAGGCACUUCUCCUCAUUGUAAACUUGUUGGUUCUUACGGUCGGGCAAUUAUUGAGAACCAGCGCGACUUCUACAGAGAUCUUGUGGCUCAGAUCAAGGAGUCACGGCAGCAAAAACAAGCCUCGGCAGACAUCACAGCUGGCCCGGUCCUCACGACACCCAAACCUCAGCUCUCCACUUUCGACAAGGAAGCAGUGAAACUCCACAAAAAGCUGGCAGCACACGAGCAACACAUGGAAAAGAGAAGAGCAAACAUUCCAGUGCACCACGCGCACGCCCCGACAGUGCUAACUCCUCAGCAGGAGAAAAUGCUCUGUCAAAAGUUUGGGGUUACUCCAGCUGAAGCACAGAGGAUGUACUACUAUCAGCAACACCAGCACAUGAUGGCGCUCCGGGAACAGCAGAUUAAAGCUUAUCAAAUGCAAGAAGAUAUCGAACAAGCCAAGUCUGGGACUACAGAUUCUGACAAGUCUAAGAUUCUUGAGCAGAUAAGACUGCUGCAGGAUAAGACUGCUGCAGGAAUCAAGAGAGGCAACUCCCCCGCAAUUUCCAUGGAGAAAAUCAAACAAGAAGAUAACGUGAAUAUGUCGGUGAAACAACAAAACGAUACAAUUCAGCUCAUAUUCCAGCGUCCAGUGAACGAGAAAACUGAAUCCAAGGAGUCCGUAGAACAUGAAAAACCUGUUAUCAAACCUCACAAACCGAUGUUGGAGUUGACGAAACCUACUCCUCCCGCUCACAUCAAACAGGAAUACAUCAAGGAUGUAGGGUCGGACAACAGUAUGUCACCCCGUGAACUGCCUUUCGCUAUCACGGGCCCGGACUUCACUCCCACAAUCAAGCCUUGUAACCCUCCUACUGACGAGAAAACCACACGAGUUAUUAACCUACACAAAGCUUUUCAAAUGCUCAGUGAUAUGCUGGGGAUGAAGCUCAAGAAGGAUAAUCUGGCCAGCUUGAACGAACUGAGGGUACAAAACAUAAUCCCUGGAUCACUUCCCCACAACCUAGUAUGUUACAACUGUAUCAUAGUCUUACACCCCAACAAACUGAAGCACAUAGCACCUGGUCGCCCUUACUACGGUAUCAAGGACGAACAUGGUGCCACUUUCUGCUCAGAUAGCUGCCUGGCGCAGUACUACUGCAAAAAGUUCUCUUCACUACGAUCAGAUGAACAGGGUCACCCCAAAUCAGACCACAUGAUAUGCAACCCUCCUCCACUACAACAACACAUCUCCAGCCCAGCCCCUUCCAGUCCUGCUCAUAGACCCUUAACUUCACCGGGAAAGAGGCGGAGACAGGGCGAAUCAUGGAAAUAUUGGAGGUUAGAGGACGUUACCGGUAUGGAGAAUCAUCACAUCAACAUGGCUGAGGAGAACAACCGGCUCUUUGAGGCGUUCAAGAAGUGGCACGAGGAACACACCACCACCACAGAUGCAGUGGAUCAGAGGGUGUGUUUGUUGUGUGGUUCGGUUGGGGACGGUUCUCCUAACGGUCCUAGCAGACUGUUGAACUACCGUAAGAACACAUGGAUACACCUGAACUGUGCGUUGUGGAGUAAUGACGUUUACGAGACACGUGACGGUGGUCUGGUCAAUAUUCCUCAGAUUUGUAAACGUGCUCAGGAUACCACUUGCAGCUACUGUAAUCGAAUUGGUGCUAGCAUUGUGUGCUUCAAGGCCAAGUGCAAUGUAGCUUACCAUUUUCUGUGUGCGAGACACUCAAAAUGCGCAUUUUACACCAACAAGACGGUUUACUGUGCAGCUCAUAAGUUCCAAGGGAAUAUCUGCGACGAUUUCACUGUGAGACGACGUGUUGUCAUCGAGAAAGACAUCCAGCAACUUCUCACCAACGAGGGAUUCAAAAACCCCGGAGAUAAAAUACGGAUAGGCCCCAUGAUAUUCCACCAUCCCGGUCACAUCUUGAAUAACACUUCGAAUUUUCACACAAGAGACAUCAUAUAUCCGUUUGAUUACUCGGCUACACGAAUAUUUUGGAGUCCUGAUACUUUGGGCAAGAGGUGCUCUUAUCAUUGUUCUAUUGAUGUGAAAAAUGAGGCUCCUCUUUUCAAAAUGUCGUAUCAGAAACAUGGCAAAACGGUAGAAUUAGAAAACUCAUGCGUUGAUGCCCUUUGGAAAGAAGUGUUAGACUCAAUCGCUUUACUGAGAUCCAAAACCCCUGAUAUUUUAAGUAUUCACGUGGUAUUCCACACGGGUACAUUCUUACAUGGAUUAACUGAAAGGAAUCUGUUGAGGAUAAUAGAAGGUUUACCGGGGUCAGAUAAGCUUGAAGGUUAUACAUUCUGUUACGGGCGUAUUGAGACAGUAACCUUGGAACACUUAGUCCCUUUCAAUCCCUCCCAGUCUGCUAGAACUGAAAAGUACACCAAGCACACUAAAAGAGUUGGUGGUCACAGACAAGUGUCGUCUUCCAUACAAGGUUCCCAAGCUCCCAACCUUUGGAACAGAGAAUUUGGAAUGUUCCACGACAUGCUACCUUAUCAGAAAUCCUUCAAUCGAGCGUCACAAUAUCGACGAUUGAAAACGGAGUGGAAACUCAAUGUUCUUCUACGGAGAUCUGGGAUUCAGGGUCUGGGACUUUACGCAAGAAGAUUCAUCGACCGCAACACCAUGGUCAUCGAGUACGUGGGCCAGCUUGUACGGACGUCGUUAUGUGAUCAAAGAGAGAUCUACUACAAUAGCAAAAAUAUCGGGUGCUACAUGUUCAAAGUUGACGAUGUAGUAGCUGUUGAUGCGACUCUGACCGGCGGGCCGGCUAGAUACAUCAAUCACUCAUGUGAGCCUAAUUGUGUAGCAGAGAUAGUAACAUUUGAACGAGAGAAAAAGAUCAUCAUUAUCUCAAAUAGAAAGAUCCGGCUAGGAGAAGAGCUGACAUACGAUUACAAGUUUGACUUUGAAGACGAUACUGAAAAGAUCCCUUGUAAUUGCGGCUCCGUCAUCUGUCGGAAAUGGAUGAACUGAAAGGUCUUCCUUCAUCUUGUUAUCGAUGCUGGAACGACCACUUCUCCUGUCGUGUGGAAAUCUCGUAGAUUGUCGGCUCUGUUGGGCUGUUCGUGCGCUUCCCUACCCGCUCUCAGAUCACCGUUCACCCUUCUUGUGUUGUGUUUUUAAAUUUGUAUUUAUAUAAUAUAGUAUUGAAAUGCUUUGUAGAAGUUCUUGUCAGUAUUUAAUCGGCUGAACUGUUAGGGCUAGAUUGUUUGGAGUUUUGGACUUCUUCCUCCUAUCAAUUAAAGUUUUCUGAUAUUGUAAGGUUUUAUUUAACUCAUUUGAGGAUUUUUACCAAAAUAGAAGUCCAUUAAGCUUUGUAAUCAUGGAUACUGUGAUGAUCAGAUAAAGCUAAUGGAACCUGAAGCAGUUUGAUCUCGCUGCAAUCUUGGCCCUAACACAGUUUCGGCUAUCUGUGUUUAGCUUUGAGGACUGAUCAAUAAUUUUGAGUAUAGUAUCUGCCUUAUCUCAGCAUUGAAAAUAUGUAUAUUUUAGAACUGCCCGUAAGAUUGAUAAGUUAAUGUAUAUAGAAGGAAGGUAAUUGGAGUUUGGAUGAUCCUGGUUUUGUUUGCGUUUAUAUUUUCCGAUUGAUCUGCCAGGAAGGGGACAGUUUCGAUGUACCAUCGUAAGUUUAUCUGCGUCAGUUUGUAAGCUUUCAAGUCAUUGAUAGCCCCGUCCGUCAUAAAUGAUAAUGAUUAUUGAAGCUCAAUGUAGUUUUGGCCGCUCUGCAAUGUCGAAUAUUUAUUUUUAAUUUUUAUGCUUUUUGUUGACACAGAAACUUAUUUUAUUUAUAUGAUUUAAGUUGUAUUUAAGUCACUCGCAUCUUGAUUUCAUUUUAUUAGGAUUAUAAUAUCUGCCAUCGUUAACCACUUCAUUUAUUCUGAAAGUGAAAUGAUUUUGCAGCAGAGAUAAAAUGCUUGGGAAAAUUGCUAUCUAUAUUGAUUUGAUCACGUAGCUAAAAAUUCUGUCGUUGCACGUUAUAUUGUGUUUUUUUUUUCUCAUUUUCCGGCUUAGGGUGUAAUAUACUAUUUCCAUUUUAAGGGUUUACAGAUUUUUGGACUUUGGCUUUCCAGUAUUUUGCGAUAAAGUUAGUUUUAUUUAUCUAGUGUUAUGAUUAAAUUUAAUUUUCUGGUAUUAAUCCGUAAAUUUUAUAACCUUCAAGUUGGUUGCGUUUUAAUAUCUAACUUCUAGUUAGUAGUGUAUCGAUGUGUUCUAAUGUUAUGCGAUAUUGGCAGUUACUAAUUAUUAGGAGGAGGAAAAUUGAGUUUGUCCCUUAAUAAUAAAG